GAGAGCGUAUGUGAGUGAGAGGGAGUGGGAUAAAAAGACAGAAAAGAGAGUAACAGGAGUAGCUAGAGUAAGUAAGUGGAACAUAAAGAGAAAGGGAGGAGAGUGAUGGAGUGAGAUCAACCUACCAGCUGUAGAGAGAGCGAGCAGGGCUGUUUGAAUGAGCCACGGUGGUGAGGGAGAGUGUGUGUGUGUGUGUGUGCGAGGGAGAGAUAGAUAGAGCUAUUGAGGGGGUAGGGUAGGUGAAAGGGUGUGUGUUUGAGAGAGAGAGAGGUUGUCAGACCCCCCUCGAAGUAGAGGCUGCUGCUCAGUGCAGUUGCUCUGGGUCCCAUUGAUACCCAUUUGUAGAGUGCGAAGAGCUGAAAAUGUAAUUUUGAAAGGAGAAAAAAACAUGUUUUCUUUUUUUUCUCUUUCCUUAUUUUUCCUUCUGGAUCUUUACUCAUCUCCAAUCUGGUCCUCCUUGCUCUCUUUGUGGUUGUAUGAAGGAGGUCACUGCGGAUACAAAGUAACGGAUCGCAGUCCAAACAAUACUGUAAAAGCAUGUUUUUGGGGGUGAAAACGAUGUCGCACGGGACAACCAUGUCACGUUGCAACAAUAGCAGUGUCACCCGGCCCUCUCUGCAGUGACCCUGCACAGCAAACGAUGCUGGGAAAUAACAAACACUAUUAUCCUGGGGAGGACGACAAGGAUGGGGAGGAUGAGGAAGAGGAAGAGGAGCAGGGACAAGAUAACAAAAAGGGGGAUGGUAGAGAGAAGGAGAACGGAGGGAUGGAAGGGCUCGCGGAGAUUGAGAUGAAGGGAGGCAGACAAUCACGCGAAGGUAAAGGGGAGGGAGGUAAACCCUCAGCCAUUGUGGUUGGAAGGCAGAGAGGAGACCGGACACUGAGGCCAGACAAUCCAGGAAAUAGAGGCAUCCCUUAUACGUCCAAUCAGGCCCCUCAUAAGCAGCAGCAGCAGUAUCACCCAGCCCCAUCCACUCAGACCCAGAAAAGACGUGCUCACAUGGAGCGCAGUAUGACCACAGUGGCACCCAUAGAGGACACUCGACUGACCAUGAUGGUGUUCCGCAUUGGAAUCCCUGACAUCAAACAGACAAGGUGUCUGCAGUUUGACCCUGACUUCACAGUUUGGAGCGCCAAGCAGGAGGUCAUCUGUUCGCUGAGCGAGCCACUGUGGGACGUCUAUAACUAUGGCCUCUUUCAGCCCGCCGGAGACGGAUGCGAUGCCAUGUUCCUGGAGGAGGAGCGCUGCCUCCGAAACUACCCACAGUCCUUUGAGAAAGGGGUGCCUUACCUGGAGGUAUUUUGA